UUCAUUAUAGGUUUCAUGGAUAACUAUGGAACCAGUUAUGAAUGUGAGCUCUUCGUCACAACUUCCCGCACUACCGUGGUUAGUGUAAAAGUAGAUUCCCCAAAGAGUUCCAGUCCAAAAAUAUCAGCUUCUUUUACCAUCACAGCUGGUCAAGUCAAGCAGCUGUUUUUUAACAACAAAAUAAGAAUGGUUGGAUCAAGUAAAAGCAGCAAGGGUAUCAGAAUCACAGGCACGGACGAAAUCGUCAUUUACGGUUUCAACAAGGAGAGAAACUCCAACGACGGUUUUGUAGGUCUUCCAGUUGAUGUUUUGUCAGAUGAGUAUUACGCCGUCUCCUGGUACCCGCCAUAUCGGGAGUGCGAGAUGUUGGUUGUCGGGGUAGAGGAUUCCACGUCGGUCAGCGUCACCAUUGGUCAAUACAUGGGGAACAGAUAUGUGUAUUAUAAUAAAAAAAAGUAUUACAAGGGUAAUACGGUGAAAGAAAAUCUUAAUAAAUACGACACAUGGCAACUUUCUACAAAUGGAGACCUUAGUGGAAGUUUCAUUACGGCUAAUAAACGCAUAUCAGUUUUCUCUGGAAACAAGAAAACAAACAUCGGAAAAGGCGGGUCUCAGGAUCACUUGGUUGAACACCUUACUCCUGUAAACACAUGGGGUAAAAAUUUUGCUACUGUCCCUAUUCCCCUGAGAACCGUUGGGGACUAUUUCAAAUUCAUCGCUAGCGAAGACAACACCAAAGUCACCAUAUCGGGCGGUUACUCGUCUUCUUUCACCAUUUCCAAGAAGGGAGGUGUCGUGCAGAAGGUAAUAUCGUCAAAGGCUUACUGUAGGGUAGUCGCAGACAAACCCAUCAUGUUGGUUCAAUUUGUCCAAUCCCAGAUCAGCUCAAGCGAACCUUCGGAUCCCGCUAUGAUGAUCAUUCCGCCGUGUGAACAAUAUGGUGCUGAUUACACAUUCGCCACUCCAAAAUACUCCCGAGGGUCGUACGAAAAUUACUUCAUGUUCAUUGUAGAGGAAAGGGAAGCCUCAGGUCUCAGACUUAAUGGCAAAUCGUUCCCUGUCAACACACAGUUUAAGAGAAUCUCUGGAACGACACUUGUCGGAGGAUACAUAUCGAUAUCAGAGGGAACUCACACUGUUCGACAUAUAUCCCCUAUUGCUAUUUUUGGAGGGUUUAUGUACGGAAAAGCUCCCCUGGAAACAUACGGUUUUACCACUGGUAUGAGAAUGGCGAAAGUCAAUGCCAUAUGUAUUCCUACGCCGACUGUAACUGGAGACGGUAUCGACAACGAUUGUGACGGGAAGAUUGAUGAGGAACUCUGUACUCCGGAAAACAAAAACAAAGAUGAUGAUGGUGACGGAAAAGUCAACGAAGACUGUGCAAAACCACCACCAAUUGACGGAAAAUGGACGUCGUGGUCUUCAUACGGUGCAUGCUCUGUAACAUGCCAGCCAACCUCGCACAUGGUCUCUGGAACUAAAACUCGAACAAGAACGUGUUCGAAUCCGGCCCCGGCUUAUGACGGAAAACAAUGUACUGGUACUGGAAGUGAAACUAUUUCUUGUACCCCGACAAAUCCAUGCCGAGUUGAUGGAAACUGGGGUUCAUGGGGUUCCUACGGUGCAUGCUCUGUGACAUGUGGAAGCGGAAAGAAAUCUCGCUCCAGAUCCUGUAACAACCCAGCGCCAACAGGCGGCGGAAGUAACUGUCCAGGAAGUUCUACGUCUUCAGCCACGUGUACACUAUCAGCCUGUCCCAUCGAUGGUAAUUGGGGUAACUGGGGAUCCUAUGGAAGCUGCACUAAGUCUUGUGGCGGAGGAACACAAUCAAGAAGUAGAUCCUGUUCAAACCCUGUCCCUCAGUAUGGCGGGAAAUCUUGUUCUGGGUCUUCUUCAUCGUCUCAGAGCUGCAACACCCACUACUGUCCAAUUGACGGUAAAUGGGCAUCUUGGGGUUCCUAUGGAACGUGUACAGUCACGUGUGGAGGUGGAACACAAAGAAGAAGCAGGACAUGUUCCAAUCCGGCGCCACAAUAUCUGGGCAAAAAUUGUCCCGGAUCCACUGUCUCUUCGAGAAGCUGUAAUACACAUUUCUGUCCCAUUGACGGUCUCUGGACCGGAUGGGGACAGUGGAGUGUUUGUACAGAGACAUGUGGUGGCGGAAUCCAAUCCCGAUCCCGAUCCUGCAGUAAUCCCACUCCUCAAUAUGGCGGUGCUUAUUGUUCAGGGUUUUCUUCCAAUACACAAGUCUGUAACACUCAGAACUGUCCGAUUAACGGGGGCUGGGAUAUGUGGUCGAAUUGGGGAUCUUGCACAGUUACCUGCGGAGGAGGUACACAGACGCGCUCAAGAAGCUGUUCCAAACCUUCACCUCAAUACGGAGGACUGGAUUGUACAGGACCAAAGACCUCUAGUCAGGACUGCAACACACAUAACUGUCCAAUUGAUGGCGGUUUUACUAACUGGGGAUCGUGGGGUACAUGCACUGUUACCUGUGGAGGAGGGACACAAACACGUACACGCAGCUGCACCAGUCCUACUCCCCAAUAUGGUGGAGCCAAUUGCGUAGGAACGACAUCGCAGACUCAGGACUGCAAUACACAAGUUUGCAUAAUCGAUGGAGCGUGGAGUACAUGGGGAGCGUGGGGCACAUGUUCUGUAUCAUGUGGUGGUGGCAAAAGGUCACGUGCUAGAACUUGCUCCAAUCCCAAACCAGCCAAUGGCGGGAAGUCGUGUUCUGGUUCGCUGAAGGAGUUAGGGGACUGUAAUAGUCAAUUCUGUCCGACACCUGCUGCGGGAACAUACAUACAGUUGUGUCCCAUUGGUUGGUUCACUUGUCAAUCUGGAGGCAUAACCUGUAUCGAUAAAUCAUUUGUAUGUGACUGCUCAUCGGACUGUGACGACGGAAGUGACGAAACGACAGGAUAUGCUGGCUGCUCCGGGGCUGUAAUAGCCAUGUGUGCUGAAAACCUUUCAGUGAAAUUGAUGACGUCACCAAUCCUAGUUUUCAUCGGCCUAGUGGUGGCUCUGUAUCAGCUGUUGUGAAGACAUGGUCGACUCCGAAAUAUUUAAACUAAUCAUGCCUCAUCCGAUAUUAUGAAUAAUCUAAAUUGCUUGUUAAAUGAUUUUAAAAAAUAUUUUUCAAUGUUACAUCAUAAUAGCAAGAACCGUUUUAAUUCACGAAGAGUCUACUGAA